UCGCGUCUAUGGCCCAAGCCUUCUAUUGACAUUACAAAUCGUUUUCAUUUUUCUAUUACGUCUCCGAUUCCCUCAGCGGCAAAUCGUCAAAUAAGUUUUCUUAGUGAAUUACCGCAGGCGGUUGGCGGUUUCCCCUACGGAUUGUCCCUCCCGCGACUCCCGCCGACCUCCCUCGGUGGAGUGGGCCAUUCAGAGACGGUUCGCGAAGCUCUCACUCACGGUGCUUUGCGCCUUUGCUUCAGUUUGGCGGGCUUAGCGUCAGUUAACAGCCGUGUGCGACUAUAUUAUUGCAACACGUCUUGGCGGGAAAGCAAAGCUCGCGAGUAAACUCGAGACUGACCAGCACACUGCAGUUGAUGUGUUACCCGUGAAUUAUGAACGUCAAAUCAAGCACUAUAAUGUACUUACUAUGGUUCGCCUUAUUUAUUGUGAUGAUUUCACAAGCCAGUGCAUCAUUAUUGGGCUCUCAUUGUCAAAGCAAUGCAGACUGUAAAGUGGCCUAUGCUCAUUGUGACAGAGGAAUGUGCAUGUGUCAGCCCUAUUAUGCUCGCGUUGAUAACUCCACCUGCUUGGAAUCAACUCUACUUGGUUCGGAGUGCAUGGUGGCUGAGCAGUGCACGCAGAAAGUGGCUUACAGCGCAUGCUUGGAAGGCGUUUGCCGUUGUACAGACGGACACCUACAAUUUAGAAAACACACCUGCCUAUCCCCUGCUCCGCCCGGUCACGUUUGCUACAGUAAUGAACAUUGCCGGUUAUGGGAUAAGGAAAGUCGAUGCGAAUUCGUGAUUCUAAAUCUAUUCGGGAGAUGCGCUUGCAAUUCCUACUAUAAACAAAAUGGCGAUAAAUGUGUGCUCUCGAAGAUUUCCCCCUAUGCAACCGAAGCAGUGAUCGCAGAACAAGAUUCCGCUCUGAGUCCUAUGAAUGGCCCUCAAAAUACGAUGAAUAGUAAUGGCCAGACUUCCUUCAGCGCUGAGUCAGGAUUUAAUGAGAGAAACCAAGCUCGACCAAGCAAAACUCCCAUAUUUUCCGAUAAUGAUGUUUUGAGUACAGAAGACGAUAAUCUAUUAAUGCAAGCCGUAUUGAAGGUGCCGACUAUAGAACCAGCCAAAAAAUUACCUGUCUCUAACAGAAAAGAGGGCGAACCAAAUGAGACGGUUGGUGUUAAUGAAAUGACUGCAAACUUGCACGCAAACGAUCAACCCGUUUACAGAGUUGUGACGCAACCAACAGUAGAUAAAAAGUCUAAUAAAAAGACAGGGUCCACAAAAGAAACUUCAGAAGGUAAACCACACAAAACUGGACAUCAAAAAAAAUCAUCUCUCAAGGAUAAGCAACGCAUUCGCACUGAUGUCUCUGGCGACCUUGGACCUUCAUCUCUAGGUAUGCCUUGUAUGACAGACUCACAAUGCCAUCUAGUGGAUCCUCAUACGAAAUGUUUAAACAAACGAUGCGAUUGCGCUCAUCGCACUAAUUCGACAUCAGCUUGUUCGGCUCGCAACAGGGGCUGCUUACCUGGAACGUUUCAAUGUCGAUCUACGGGCACCUGCAUAAGCUGGUACUUCGUCUGUGAUGGGCGUAAGGAUUGUUCUGAUGGAUCCGAUGAGAAGUGUCAAGGUACUGGCGGAGAUGGGACGGGCGAGCGGUGUCCUAUGAACUCGUUCAGAUGUGGGGGUCCAGGUUCACCGUGUGUAUCAAGGGCGGCCAGGUGUGAUGGCACUCCACAGUGUCCCGGAGGCGAAGAUGAAAGAAACUGUAAGGCGACGAGACGCAGGGGAUGUCCCCGUCACACGUUCCGUUGUGGUUCUGGUGAAUGUUUACCGGAGUACGAGUUUUGUAACGCUAUAAUAUCAUGCAAAGACGCUUCCGAUGAACCACCACAUUUAUGUACAGAACAAUCAAGAUGGCGAGCCGCUGAUUUCUGCCCUCUUCGAUGUGGAAAUGGCCGUUGCAGAAGCACAGCUGUAGCAUGUUCAGGGCGCGACGGGUGUGGAGAUAACAGCGACGAAAUUGCAUGUUCUGUUUGUAAGUGUCCAUCGCCUCAGACGCCUUGAGAUGAGCCGUACUGAAACAUGGAUUACAUAACGAACUGGAUCUCAAUGCUCAACUUUUUUUUAUAAUAAAUAACAACCACAUUAUCCAUAAUUUAAUACUUUUAUAUAGUAAUUUUUAACACGUAAAAUUUCGACUAUUUAUUUUAUAAAGUAACGAUCGAUACGAAAUCGAUCAGUUAAAAAGUUACUACAGAAACAAGCCUAUCCCCAUAUUCUUCUGGAUUACUGUAAAAAAAUGGCUUGCUUUCACGACACUUACACACUAAGACUGAAACUUAAUAUUAGGUAGUAAAAGAAAACGAUAUGAUUAUUUAACUAAACAUCGGUUUUGACAGACAUAAAGAAAUGUUUUUUUUUUUAAAUCCCAGUGAUAGAAACCUUUCUUAACCACCUGUCCAAGUCACAGAGUUAGCUCUGACUACCUUUUAGGCAUUCCAGUGAGUGAAAGACGAAAAUUUGCAAAACACAUAUUUUUCUAGCCAUUUUAAAGAAAAAAGAGCACUAUUCUGCAUGAUGAGCAUUAUUCUAGUGGUGAGCAAUCUACAAAAACUGACUACUGACUGUCGUAGCUAAAAUCGAGUGCCGUACGAGAAGUUUACUGCAAAGUAAAUUACAAUAGCUGUAAGACCAAGAUUGUACUUACGAGAUUUUCAAUACCUAUUUUGUUAAUGCUGACUGGAAUUCAAUUUAUUGCAAAAAAAAAACAUACGAUUCGAUUAAUUCCAAUACAUCCUCACAAAAACUAUCUUUAACAAAAGCGUAAGGUUAAUGACAUAUAGCAACAUAUUGAAACUUUUAAUAGGCACUAAAAUGAAAUAAAGCACUUUUGAAAUAGGUAAAAGUAAAUAAUUUUACUAAUGAAAUUUAUCACAUUCCUCCGAUAAAUAGAGCGAUAUUUUAGAUAUAAGAUUUAUGUAUAAGUGCUGCGUAAGCAUGUGUGUAGUUUGCUGGACUAGUUUAGUCUUGUGCAACUUAUUGUAAUAUAGUGUGAUUAUGUUUUGCGUGAAUGUGUUAAUUAUUUAUUAAAGUACCUUUCAAUUUUG